AUGGCUUUAAACUCAGGAUCAUCACCAGGUGUCGGGCCUUACUAUGAGAACCAUGGAUACCAGCCGGAAAGCUUGUACCCUCAGCAGCUGCCCACGGCUCCCCCUGCUUACGAGGUGUACCCUGCUCAGUACUACCCGCCCGUGGUACCCCAGUACACGCCAAGGGUUCAGACGCACGCCUCGACACCUGUCAUCUACAGGCAGCCCAAACCUCCGUCCGGGACAGCAUGCACCUCAAAGACUAAGAAGGUCCUGUGCAUCACCUUCACCCUGGCGGCCCUGCUCGCAGGAGCGACCCUGGCCGCCGUCCUCCUCUGGAAGUACAUGGAGGACGGGUGCUCAGGGCUGGAGUGUGGCUCCUCCGGGACCUGCGUGAGCCCCUCUCUCUGGUGCGAUGGCAUCCUGCACUGCCCCAGUGGCGAGGACGAGAACAGCUGUGUUCGCCUCUAUGGACCGAACUUCAUCCUUCAGGUGUACUCGGCACAGAGGAAGUCCUGGCAUCCCGUGUGCCAGGACGACUGGACUGAGAGCUACGGGAGGGUGGCCUGCCAGGACAUGGGCUACCGGAAUAGUUUCUAUUCUAGCCAAGGGAUAGCUGAUAACAGCGGAGCCACAAGCUUUAUGAAGCUGAACACAAGCGCCAGCAAUGUCGAUCUCUACAAAAAACUCUACCACAGUGAUGUCUGCUCUUCAAAAACAGUGGUUUCUUUACGCUGUAUAGAGUGCGGCGUCUCCGUGAAGACGAGCCGCCAGAGCCGGAUCGUGGGGGGAUCGAAUGCUAACUCGGGGGAAUGGCCCUGGCAGGUUAGCCUGCACGUGCAGGGCAUCCACGUCUGCGGCGGCUCCAUCAUCACCCCGGAGUGGAUCGUGACGGCCGCGCACUGUGUGGAGGAACCCCUUAACAAUCCCAAGAUCUGGGCAGCCUUUGCGGGAAUCUUGAAACAAUCUUACAUGCUCUAUGGAAGUGGAUACCGAGUAGCAAAAGUGAUUUCCCAUCCAAAUUAUGAUUCCAAGACCAAGAACAAUGACAUCGCUCUAAUGAAGCUGCAGACGCCUCUGACUUUCAACGACAAAGUGAAACCAGUGUGUCUGCCCAAUCCAGGCAUGAUGCUGGAGCCAACUCAGUCCUGCUGGAUUUCCGGGUGGGGGGCCACCUACGAGAAAGGGAAGACCUCGGAUGACCUGAACGCAGCCAAGGUGCACCUCAUUGAGCCCUGGCAGUGCAACAGCAAGUACAUGUACAACAACCUCAUCACGCCUGCCAUGAUCUGUGCAGGCUACCUGCAGGGCACCAUCGACUCCUGCCAGGGAGACAGUGGAGGUCCUCUGGUCACCCUGAAGAGCAGCGUCUGGUGGCUGAUUGGAGACACGAGCUGGGGGUCGGGCUGUGCCAAGGCGUACCGACCGGGAGUGUACGGAAACGUGACCGUGUUCACAGACUGGAUCUACCGACAAAUGAGGGUAACCUUUCCAUCCUCCUGA